UGUAGACGUCUUUGAUCCAGUUAAAGGUAUGUAUAGUUCAAAAGGGUAACAUAUUUGAAUAAAAUGGAUGAAUGGUCAUAUCUAUAGUGGUGAUCCUUUUAAAGUAAAAAGACACACCGUAAAAGGAAACUCUUAAUUAGGCUCAAGCCCUACAAGGGGAUACUAACCGAUACACAAUGGUUGUUAUAAUCGUGUUCAUAUUUCUUUUACCGUUUCAGCUAAUAUAUGGUUUAUCCGAAGACAAAGGAUUAGUCAUGGGAGUCUGGAAUAACGCUUCCUUUAUAACCACCCUGGGAAUACCUAACUCAAAUUUGGUCCAAUUCAACAACUUCAGAUUCAAUCUAUCGCCCGUUCAAACAAGAAUCACCAGUAUAGCAGCCGGCCCGGAGAGGUCGCUGUAUUUCUCCGCGGAGAGAGGGAUAUAUGAGAUAAGUAAUUACAGCAUAUGGAACAACGAGUCCUUCACGAUAUCCCCUGUAUACCGGGGGAAGUCUAACUGGGUGGGUCAGAUUGCUGUGGAUGUUCUGUCUAACAAUAUUUACUGGUGUGACGGUCUCCUCAACUGGAUAGCCAUGAAGCCGCUGUCAGUGACCAAUGCCACCACAAGCCUGACCUACAGAGUCCUGAUUGACAGGGACCUGCACCAGCCCGAGGGCCUGGCGCUGGAUCCUCACGACGGACUGAUGUUCUUCUCUGAAAACUACCCACGUUGUCGAAUAGAGCGGGCCUCAAUGAGUGGAAACAACAGAACGGUUCUCCUAUACUCCGGUCUGAUCAGAGUGAUGUCCCUUUCCCUGGAUACGGAGGAUAAGCGGGUGUUUUGGGCGGACUACGAACGACACACGGUGGAGACGUGUGGUUAUGAUGGCAGCGACAGGAGAGUUCUCCGGCGUAUGAACGGCGUGCCCAUCACUGGCCUGCAGUUCUAUGAAAACGUGGUUCACGGAGUCAGUCCGGCCAGGAGAACGGUGGUUGGUAUUGACGCCAAUACCGGGGACGUUGUGUACGACUCGGUGAUACCUAUGGGAGACCCUUACGCGGUCACUGUGUUUGAUGCCGCUGUCAACACCUCUAUUAUCGAUCCAUGCUCUCUGAUACAGUGCCAGCAAAUCUGUGUGAACACGCCCUCCGGUCCCACCUGUCUGUGUGGGGAGGGAUUCUUGCUAGAAGCUGACGGGUUGUCAUGCAAAGUGAGGACGUGGUUUCAUGAUAAGGGGCUGAUCAUAAACAAUGCUACAAUGUUCUACAUGCUCGACACAAGGUUUAUCAAUGGCCAAGGAGGAAGAGUUCCGUAUAUGGUGACGUCAUCAAUAAUAUCCACAUUCACUGUUAAUGCCCAUUCAAGAUUAAUUUACUUUGCUGACGCAAAAACCAACUCUCUAUACGAGCUCAACCUUUUCACGCAUCGCUAUAGACUGGUUACUUCAACUGCGCCCGCUGCAGAUCUGACGUAUGACUGGAUGACGAACUCUCUCGUGUGGAUUGAGCCCGACCACUCCUCCAUUAGAACUUUUUCACUGGUCCUUGGACAAAUAUCAACCAUCUACUCGAAUCUUCAGCAGCCUACAGCGCUAACGGUUGACGCCCAGAAUGGUUAUAUUUUUUGGAUAUCGAGAGCGUCCUCGGCUAUAUUGCGGGGAAGCAGAGACCGGAAGUCUCCACACGUCGUCCUGCCGUCGCUGACCAGCCCUAGGCACCUGUAUUACGACGUUUCUAGUCAGAGGUUAUUUUGGUUGGAGAAUGGGAUGUUUAUCAAAAGCUGCCUGAUUAAUGGAGCAGACGUAAAGAGCCACGUGAUAGCUUUUAAUGCGACAAAUAUAUUUGUAUACAAGGAUUACCUCGGUUGGUUGAACGGGAACCAAAUCCAUUUCGCAAAGCAGACGUCCGUUGCAUCUGAAGUGUUGUUUAAUAUUUUUGCAACACCAAAAGAAGUUGUCGUUUUUGACCCGAUUCUACAAAGUAACUUACAAGGAACAUGUCAAAUCCUAAAUGGUGGUUGCGAUGACAUCUGUAUUCCGACCGGUGAAGGCCGAGAGUGUAAGUGUGACGCUGGGUCACAGCUCCAGUCGGACUCCACCACGUGUAGUACCAAUGUAAAACCCGAUGACUUCCUGGUAGUGACCGAUUUCUCUCACGACCGUAUACUGCAAAUAGACAUGAUUACGGGCGAGAUGUCAAGGCUGCCCCUGACCGUCAAGAAAUGUACGGGACUUAGUCUGGACCAAGCAUCACGGGAACUCCUCUACUCAGACCAAACUCUAAAAACCAUACAAUCUUUCUCUCUACUCACAAAGAACACGACAGUUUUGUAUACUACAGGUUUUUACUUUGCGGAGCGUAUGGCGGUGGACGCCUCUACAGGACACCUCUACUUCACAGCCCUCUCCACUCUGUCCAACUCCAGCUACAUCGGAGUCAUUCAUCAAACCCUACGUGUCCACAGAACUCUGAUCCCCAACCUCCAAACUCCCAGGGCCAUUGCUUUGUAUCCGUCAAAAGGAGUGCUGUUCUGGACAGAGAUUGGACCACUUCCCGGAAUAGGCCGGGCAUAUAUGGACGGUACUUCUAGAGAGUACAUAGUCUCACGUGACAUCCUAGUCCCCAACGGUCUGGCCAUAGACUACGAAGCGAAUAGAAUCUACUGGACUGACGGGGAAAAGAAUCAGAUUGAAUCUUCAGACAUUGAUGGAGGCAAUAGACAGGUGUUGACCUCUGACCCUGGCGCCCUGAUGAUGGACAUUGUGGUCAAUGGGCAGUUCCUGUUCUACACCGCGUGGAAUCGUCAAAGUGUGACAAAAAUUAAUAAGACAACGGGUCUUAACGGUCCAUUUAUGGCGGACAAUCCAGAACUAGGGCGCUUAGACAGCCUGGAUAUUUUUGCCGACGAUUUUCUUGAUGUAAACAAGGCAUGCUCUGAUGGGGAAGGACAAUGCAGUACGUUCUGUUUCCCGACUCCCAGUGGUGGAAUUUGUGGGUGUCAAGACAACGUCAGUUUACUGCCAAAUAACAAAACAUGUGUGGGAGCUCCCCGCUGUACGUCCGAUCUCACGGGCCUGGAUCUACUGGAUUGUGAGCCGUCCGCGGGACUCUCCUGUCGGUUCCAGUGUCAGCCUGGCCUCACGCUCACCCUCAACACAACCCUGAUCUGUACCCCCGGGGGCCAGUGGAACGUGAACCCGGAUACUCUCUGUGCAGCAGCAACAGUUGUAUUUACAAACGAAGUCCAGUCUGGUAUUUUUGAGAAGUACUCCCUGUACAUAUACAUCGGGGGUGGGUGCGCCCUCCUGAUGGUGCUGGUGCCCGUCUCUCUUCUCCUGCGGCGGUUUGUCUGCCGUCGUAAAACCAAGGAACCACCAAGGCUACACUACGAGAGCUCAGUGACGUCGGAGUCUAACCCUUACUCGGCGUUCAUGAACAGGGGGUAUGAGAACAGCUGCAUGGACCGGCCCAAGUCUGGCGAGUACAACACCAUAGCCGAGAUGAUGAUGUACGAGGACAUGAAGGCCCCGGGGGGCGGGACUACUGACCCCCAGAAUCCGUAUCUCAAACCGUGUGACAAUCGGGAUAUGGACACGUACUUCAUCCCGUGUACUGAACACACCGAGAGUCCAUAUCUGAAAGCAAUAUGAAGCAGGGACACUUUAUUCAAGUCUUGAUUUUAUAUAGGCUUGUUUUAGAAUUUGUUUUAUUGUAUGAUGUUUUUUUAUCAUGCAAUUAUUAAUUUUGUAUAUCCUUUUUAAGUCUUAGUUACGUGUAAUAUAAUUAUUAUUAUUAAAUGAUGAAAAUGCAAAAUUUUACAAAUCGUUUUGCUAUAGCCCAUUGGAUUUUCUCAUUCAUUUAUCAGUGGAACACUACGUAUGUAGUAUGCAAAAAAGCCUUGAAAAAACUUAAACACACACACACAAAUCACAGAGAAACCAACAAACAAAUAAAAUCUUUGGAAGGGGUCAAUUAGUAAUUCUGGUUCAUAUAAUGACUAUUCCCACGUAUUUAAUAAAUGAUAAGACAGAUGUAUAUUUCAGACCAUUAUUUUAUCAUGUUAUAUUUACAUUUUCCAGUGUCUUUGCCUGUGAUAACACUACAUAUCGAUUUUGUACUAUAUAACCCAUAACUUCAAAUGACG